CAGGAAGCGGGAGAGUUUGCCGCUAUGGAUGUGACAUCCGUACUGGGAUAAGCUGUGGCAGGCGUUUUGGGACUUGAUAAACGAGCUGGGGGGUCAGAAGGGGGAUUUAUGGGUUGAGACCUGAGGAAGACUGAAAUUGUUAUUGGUACGGCGGUUCAUGAGGAUUUAUUUUGACAAAGCCUGGGAUACCCUAUAUGAAACAGUCUUCCUAUCAUGAGAGCACUCACUUCCUCUAAAUGAGUUCAGCCCAUGUCUGCAUGACCCAUCCUGGGACUGAGAAGAUUACCAGAUUACUGAGAAGAUCUUGCUGCAUUGUGGGUGACCUGUUAUCCACGUGACUUUUGGUGGUAGUGUUUCUAGACUGGUGAAUGUCACUUCUGGCUCCAGGAGGCUCCAUUCUGUCUCCUAGUCCUGAUUCCUCAGACCUUUUCCCUUUUGGAAGAGAAGCAGAAGAUGACCAAAUCUCAGAUUGAACAGGAGCAUGCUAUUACAGGGUCCAGUGUCAUUCGAGGAUGUGGCUAUAGAUUUCACCCAGGAGGAGUGGCAGCAACUGGACCCUGCUCAGAGGACCCUGUACAGGGAUGUAAUGCUGGAGAACUACAGUCACCUGGUCUCAGUGGGGUAUCCAGUUUCCAAACCAGGUGUCAUAUCUAAGUUGGAACAAGGAGAAGAGCCAUGGAUCAUGAAGAGAGACAUAUCAUAUUGGAUCUAUCCAGACAGGGAGACUAGACUUGACACACAUCAGUUGGAUGCACUUGGAGAUGUUUACUUUCAUAAGGACAUACUGGAAAGUGUCACAAGGGAUCAUUCAUUGUACUCCGUUUUAAAGGUCUGGCAAGGCGACCAGCUGGAGAGAGAUCAGGAAAAUCAAGACAGACUUCUCAGGCAAGUCACAAUCAUCAACAACAAAACAGUUAUUGAAGAGUCAAACUAUACAUAUAAUGCAUUUGGAAAAAUAUUUCAUAACUGCACAGACCUAGAUACUUCAAGACAAAGACUGUAUAAAUGUGGUUCAUUUGAAAAGAGCUUGGAACCUACUGUAGACCUAUUCAGUUGUAAUAGGGGUUAUGCAAGAAAAAACACAGAUGAGAAUUUUGAAUGUGGGAGAACACCUAGUUCUUCCUAUUCUAAGCAUGAAAAAAUUCAUAAUAGAGUGAAACGCUGUGCAGAUAGUCAAUGUGGAAAAAUCAUCAGCGAUAAACAAUCUCUUAUUCAAUAUGUGAAUGUUGAAACUGGGGAGAAGAUCUGUGUAUGUAUUGAAUGUGGAAAAUCUUUUCUCAAGAAGUCACAGCUCAUUAUACAUCAAAGAAUUCAUACUGGAGAGAAACCUUAUGGUUGUAGUGCUUGUGGGAAAGCCUUCAGUGAGAAAUCACAUCUCAUAGUACAUCAGAGGACACAUACCGGGGAGAAACCUUACGAAUGUUCUGAAUGUGGAAAAGCCUUCUCUCAAAAAUCAUCCCUCAUUAUCCAUCAGAGAGUUCAUUCUGGUGAAAAACCAUAUGAAUGUAGUGACUGUGGGAAAGCCUUCUCCCAGAAAUCACCCCUCAUUAUACAUCAGAGAAUACAUACUGGUGAAAAGCCAUAUGAAUGUAAUCAGUGUAGGAAGGCCUUCUCCCAGAAGUCACAGCUGAUUAUACAUCAUAGAGCUCAUACUGGAGAGAAGCCUUAUGAGUGUACUGAAUGUGGGAAAGCCUUCUGUGAGAAGUCCCACCUCAUCAUACAUAAAAGGAUUCACACUGGGGAGAAACCCUACAAAUGUACUCAAUGUGAGGAAGCCUUCAGCAGAAAGUCAGAACUCAUUAUACAUCAGAUAAUUCAUACUGGGGAGAAACCUUAUGAAUGUACUGCAUGUGGGAAGACCUUCUCCCGGAAGUCACAGCUCAUUAUACAUCAGAGAACGCAUACUGGAGAAAAGCCCUAUAAAUGCAGUGAAUGUGGAAAAGCCUUCUGUCAGCAGUCACAUCUCAUUGGACAUCAGAGGAUUCACACAGGAGAAAAACCUUACGUUUGUACUGAAUGUGGGAAAGCCUUCUCUCAAAAGUCUCACCUCCCAGGACAUCAGCGAAUUCAUACAGGAGAGAAACCUUAUAUAUGUGUUGAAUGUGGAAAAGCCUUUUCCCAGAAGUCAGACCUUGUUGUACAUCAGAGAAUUCAUACUGGGGAGAAACCUUAUCAAUGUGCUGUAUGUGGAAAAGCCUUCAUCCAGAAAUCCCAACUCACUGUACAUCAGAGAAUUCAUAUAGUGGUGAAAUCAUAAGAAUGGACUAAGCAUAGAAAAGCCUUUAGUAUCUGUUCAAGCCUUAAUAAGUACCACAAAACUCACAGGUUUAAUGUGUUUCUAGGCAUCUUUGUUGGUACUGUUUUACAAGUGAAGUCAUAUUUGUAAUGUGUUUAAUUUUUUUAUCAAAGAUAAUACAAGACAAAAAGUUUUGUUUAUAUAAAUUUUCACUUUGGCAUGUUAAACUUUUAAGAUUUGGAACUGAAUGAUUAGCAUAACAGAACAAAUUAUAUAUAGUCUAUUUUGAAGUUACAUCUUCCUGAUUAUACUACAUAAUAAGUUAGGCAUGUGGUAAUAUUGUUAAUGUUAGCCUCUCGUAAUUACGGCCAUGCAGUAAUUCCCCAAAGAGGACAUGAAGAAAGCGUGAGUCAAAAAGUGCCAAGACCUAGAAACUGCACUAAGGGAAAGGGACUUGACCGUCAGACCCUAAAAGUAUAUGUAAAAUUCUUCUUAUAGAAUGAUGGAAAGAUGGAUUGAAAAGGUUCAAUAAAUGUGGU